AUGUCUGCAACAACAACUAGAAACAUUGGUAUCUUGGCCAUGGACAUCUAUUUUCCAUCGACCUUUGUUAGUCAACAAGAUUUAGAGUUGUAUGAUGGAGUAUCGGAAGGAAAAUAUACCAAAGGAUUAGGACAAACCAAUAUGUCAUAUUGUGGAGAUCGAGAAGAUAUAGUGUCAAUGUGCAUGAAUGCACUCAAACAACUAAUGGAAAAAUAUAAUAUCGACUAUAACUCUAUUGGAAGACUUGAAGUUGGUACAGAGACUAUCAUUGACAAGAGCAAAUCAAUUAAAACUGCUUUAAUGUCUCUCUUUCAAGAAUCUGGAAAUUUUAAUGUAGAGGGUGUUGAUACUUACAAUGCAUGUUAUGGAGGAACUAGUGCAAUGUUUAAUAGUGUUCAAUGGAUGGAGAGUAGUUAUUGGGACGGUAGAAAUGCAAUAGUCAUAACUGGUGAUAUAGCUGUCUAUGCCAAAGGCAAUGCUAGACCAACAGGAGGAUGUGGUGUUGUGGCGAUGCUCAUAGGACCAAAUGCACCUUUGGUUAUGGAGUGUGGAUUAAGAGGAGUACACAUGGAAAAUGCUUAUGAUUUCUAUAAACCCGAUCUCAAAUCAGAAUAUCCCUAUGUUGACGGGAAACUAUCUAUAGAAUGUUAUCUCAGAGCACUAGAUCGUUGUUAUAGUCUCUACAAACGCUCAUUUGAAUCAAAAUAUGUAGGUUGUGCGCCCUUUUCAUUGGAGAGUGCAGACUAUUGUGUAUUCCACUCUCCCUAUAAUCGUUUGGUACAAAAGUCACUAGGACGUAUGGCAUAUCUAGACUAUAUAUUAUCUGGAUCGCCAGAGGAAAGAGUGAAAAGUUGUUAUCGAUCAUUCUUUGCCGAAUUUGAUGGCAUUGGUUUGACAAACGAGUCUUAUGGUAACCCAAAAUUGGACACUGCCUCGCUCAAGGCAUCGGAAAAUGAAUAUAAAGCCAAAGUUCUACCCAGCACUACAUUGGCAAAGGAAUUGGGUAAUUGUUACAGUGGUUCAGUAUAUGCUUCUAUUCUUUCACUCUUGACCAAUGUACAAAAUCUCAAUGGUAAACGUGUUUUGGUAUUUUCUUAUGGAUCCGGAUUGGCUUCAACACUAUUUUCAUUUGUUGGUAAUUAUAAUAAUAAUAAUAAUAAUAAUAAUGAUAGCGGCAAGACAACAUCAUCUAUUGUCGAAAAAUGUAAUAUAAACGAAAGACUACAACAAAGAAUCAAACAAACACCAGAGGAAUUUGAAAAAGCAAUGGAAAUGAGAGAGGAGAGUUGCAAGAAGCAAAUCAGUCAAGGCACUAUCUACAAUCCAAUUGACUCUAUCAAAUUUAUAAGUAAAGGUUCCUAUUAUUUGGAUAAAAUAGAUGAUAAAUUAAUUAGAUAUUAUCAACAACAACAACAACAAUCAUCUCUUUGA